AUUCUAUUUUUUAACUCAAUAAUAAUUGGAACUUUAAUUUCAAUUUCAGCUUAUUCUUGAUUUAAUAUAUGAAUUGGCCUUGAAAUUAAUCUUUUAAGAAUUAUCCCCUUAAUAAAAUCAAAUAAAAAUAUUUAUCCUGCAGAAGCAGCUUUAAAAUAUUUUAUUACUCAAGCCUUAGCCUCUACUAUUAUUUUAUUCGCUGUAAUUAUAGUAUUAAUUUCUUCAGAUUAUAUCCCUAAUAAUUCUGAUAUUUGAUUAAUAAUAAUUCUUAAUUCAGCAUUACUAACAAAAUUAGGAGCUGCCCCCUUUCACUCCUGAUUUCCUGAAGUAAUAGAAGGAUUAAAUUGAAUAAAUAGCCUUAUUUUAUUAACAUGACAAAAAUUAGCCCCUAUAAUUUUAGUGAUAUAUAAUUUAAGUAUAACCCAAUUUUUAACAUUUGUAAUUAUUACUUCCUCUAUUGUAGGGGGAAUUUUAGGGUUAAAUCAAACAAGAUUACGAAAAAUUAUAGCUUACUCUUCAAUUAAUCAUAUUGGUUGAAUACUUGCAGGAAUAUUAAAUUCUAAGUUAAUUUGAUUAGUAUAUUUUAUUAUUUAUUUUUUUAUUAGGUUAAAUAUUGUUAUUUUUUUCAUAAAACUAAAUUUAUUUAAUUUAAACCAACUUUUUAAUGCACUAAAUACAAACAAAUUAAUUAAACUAUUUUUUAUUUUAAAUUUUUUAUCUUUAGGAGGUCUACCCCCCUUUUUAGGAUUUUUACCAAAAUGACUCGUGAUUAAUAAUUUAAUUUUAAACCAAAUAUAUACUCUAAGUUUAAUUUUAAUCAUUACAACAUUAAUCACCUUAUACUUUUAUAUUCGAUUAACAUUUUCUUCAUUAACUAUCUUAAUAACAGAAAAUUUAAUUAAAUCAACAAAAUUUAAUAAUUUUAUCUUUUUAUUUUUAAAUGUAUUUACUUUACUUAGCUUAUGCCUUUGUACUAGAAUUUUAAGUAUCUUAUAA